GAGGUCACGCAGGCUUAUCAUCAGAAGCAUUCAGAGCAUUCAGAGCAUUCGUUCUCGUCCUCGUCGAUCCUGAGAAGUGCAUAAAAUAGAGGAUAGAGUAGUGGAGUACUGUGUAAACUGGGUUGGUUCCUGCCGUAACCUUGAUCUGCUUGUCUGUUCUCAAUGUCCUCCGCCACACUACUCGCCGACGAAACCGUCCCUUCCCUCACCCGCCUUGAAGAUGUCUACCCGGCGAACGUCCUGGACUUCCAAAGAAAGCGGUACCAAACCCUCCAAAGUCGCUUUGAGGCCCGCUUCAAGGCGAAACCUCACUUUUUCGCCCGCUCGCCCGGCCGUGUGAACCUGAUUGGGGAGCAUGUUGACUAUUCCGGGUACUCCGUUUUGCCCAUGGCCAUCGACCGCGACGUCGUGAUUGCGGUCAGGGUGCUGGAGGACAGUGAGAAGAAAGGCGACAGCGGGCGCGUCGAGGUGGUGCUGGCAAACACGGAUGAGCAGUUCGGAGAACGGACCUUUUCCCACGACAAAGGUACCGCUGUUGAAAUCGACUCGACACUUCACGAUUGGAGCAACUACUUUAAGUGCGGAUACAAGGGUGUUUUCGAGAACGCCAAGAAUCUCGACUCCAGAGCUCCUCUGUCGUUCCAUGCGCUUAUUGAUGGGUCGGUGCCCGCAGGCGGAGGCGUCUCGUCCUCGUCGGCCUUCACAUGUGCGUCUGCCCUCGCCACGCUGGAAGCCAACAAGGGCCGGAUGACGAAGGGAGAACUGACCAACACCGCCAUCAAGGGAGAGCGAUACGCUGGUGUGCAAUGUGGAGGGAUGGACCAGGCCAUCUCGAUCAUGGCACCAAUGGGGUCCCCCUUGAUCAUCCAUUUCGAACCGAAACUGUCCGCGGACCGCAUCUCCUUCCCUGUAUCUACCAACACAUCAUCGUCCCCAGUCUUUGUCGUGACCAACACACUAGUCGUCUCCAACAAAGUCGUCACGGCGCCCAUCCACUACAACCUCCGCGUAGUCGAGACCCGUCUUGCCGCCGCCUUACUCAACAAACACGUCGGCGGAGCAGACGCAACCACAGACGCACCCCUGCUGACCCUGCGCGACAUCCAAGACCGCUACGUCCGCGAUACCGAGUUCACAGGCAAUGAGACGGCCGUCCUCGCCAAACUGUCAGCUCUCACCGACACAGCACUCAAACGCGAGCCCUACACCCUCCCCGAGGUCGCAACGCUCCUAAACACCACCGUCGACGCCGUGAAACAACGCUACAUCGGUCCCAUCGUCAUUGGCUCCGACGAAUUCCACCUGCACGCUCGCGCCAAACACGUGUAUGAAGAAUCCCGCCGCGUGUUCCAGUUCCGCGAUACCUGCGCACAGAUCGCCAACACCGAUUUCAAUCCCACCGUCUUCCUGACUGCCCUCGGUGACCUCAUGAACGCCUCGCAAGACAGCUGCAGGGACCUCUAUGACUGCUCAUGUGACGAGAUCAACGAUUUGACCCGGAUUGCGCGGGAGGCUGGCGCUUACGGGUCGCGUCUGACCGGUGCUGGAUGGGGUGGGUGUGUUGUGUCGCUUGUGGCUGAGAGCGAGGUGGAGAGCUUUAUUGGUAAGGUCAGGGAGGCGUACUAUGAUAAGCGGCGCCCGGACUUGAAGGGGAAGGAUGCGGAGAUGGAGGACUAUGUAUUUGCGAGCAAGCCCGGUGGUGGGGCUGCUGUUGUGAGGCUGUAGAGUGCGGGGAGUACAAGACAGUCAACAGACUCGCGUAGAAACUAGUUUUAGAGCGUUCGCUUCUCCUUCCUUUUCGAACGAUGUAGGUUAGCCUGUACACAACCAAGAGUCUUGUAGCAUAAUCUGAAUCAGUGGCUUUCCCAUUAUCAUCAACUUCCAUGGCAGAGAUUGUCUGUUUCGCGAAGCAAGGGCCUCUAUCCCCGGUUCACCUUCGUGAAAACAUUCCGAAUUCACCAUUUUUCCAUCCUCUUCACCCAUUGCAGAGAGAAACCCUAUAAGCAAGUUUCAGCAGACUGUUA